ACUUUGAAUGAGUCGUUACUACAGCUGUUGCAAUUAUGUUGUGAGCUUGCUUCACGGUUCAUAAAAUGGCAAGACCCAGCCAAGAUGGUGUAUAUACUGCGUUAAAUGACAUUUUUAAGCUCAAAAACUUUAAGUCCAGGUUGCAGGAACAAGCAACACUUUCUGUGUUCGAGGGAAAAAACGAUGUAUUUAUUUCAAUGCCAACAGGUUCUGGAAAGUCACUUUGCUUUCAGCUCCCAUCCGUAAUGCAUCCGGGUGUCGCGCUCGUUGUUUCACCUCUUCUUGCUCUCAUAAGUGACCAGUUAACACAUUUAAAAAAACUUCACAUUCAGGCAGAAACCAUUAACUCGAGAACAGCGGACACACAAAGGCGCAAACUGUUUCAUCAGCUGAUGAGCACGCCACUUGGUUCAAAAUCGUACCCUAAACUUCUGUACAUAACUCCUGAACAGCUACAAACUCCUUUUUCCUCUUCCCUUAUUUGUCAGUUAUACGAAAAGUCAUGUUUAAGUUAUUUCGUUGUUGACGAAGCACAUUGUGUAUCAGAAUGGGGACAUGAUUUUAGGCCUGCUUAUCUUGCUUUGGGAAGGAUUCGUCGCAAACUUUUCCCAGCCGUACCAUGCAUAGCACUUACUGCAACUGCUACACCUCGUGUACGUGAGGAUAUCAUCAAAUGUUUGGGACUUGGUGAACUUUCGAAUUACUCUCCUAUAAGUUCACUUGGUUUUGCCGGUAACUUAGAGGAAUUCAAAUGCAGUAUUUUCCGGCCAAAUCUCUACUAUGACGUUGUGUUUGGUGACUUACUUGAUGACGUAUAUGCUGACGUCUUGCAAUUCGCUGCCGAAAGUAUCGGUUGGGACAAGUCUCGAAAAUGUGAUUGGACAAAACUUGGAUGUGGUAUCGUUUACUGUCGAACGCGUACUGAUUGUGAGGGAUUGGCAGAAAAGUUAACUUCCCUUGGAUUGUCUUCACGGGCCUACCACGCAGGGUUGUCUAAAUCUGAGCGAGAAGACGUCCAAACGGGAUGGUCUUCCGGUUUGUAUCCAAUAGUAGUUGCUACCAUAAGUUUUGGAAUGGGUGUCGAUAAACCAAAUGUGAGGUCAGUUUAAACCGUCAUAUUCAUUAUUUGUAAACCUGUUUUUAAAACUACUCUACCUGUUUUCAUUUUCGCUAGCUUCCGUUAAAAUACAAAUUCGGCGUUAAGGUGAUUAGGAUAUAUAUAUAUAUAUAUAUAUAUAUAUAUAUAUAUAUAUAGACAUUACGGAAAAUGUUUUUACAUUUUGUGUUCGUCACUGUAACCAAUGCGGAUUACAGUGUACACUACCUUCAACAGUAAUUCAACCGAGUUUGGUUAGAAUUGGUGACAAAACAGCUUAUUGACCGAUGAAAAUCGCGUACCAAACAAAAUAACACAGCGAAAGGAAAUCGAUAAGGAGGAUGAAUAAAAAACAUGGUUCGAAAAGCAGUCAAGAACUGAAAGAGAAUUAUACUUCCUUGAACUAUGUUAAUAUUUUGAAACGCUGACUUUAAUGAAAUGAACGAGAUCACUUCUAUUCUAUCCUUCCUUGAUUCAGCAACUACAACAAAAACACUAGUUUAGUAAUUGAAGCGUAUGGAUAAUGGCCCUAGUAGAUCAGUCGAAAGUACACUGAGAUUCGUUCUUCACUGGACUCUACCUAAAAGUUUGGCGGCGUACUACCAAGAAUCAGGUAGAGCUGGAAGAGAUGGAUUACAAGCUUCUUGUCGAAUUUAUUACUUUAAGAAGGAGCGUGAUACUGUUGUUUUUCUAUCAAACCAACAACCAAACAGUGGUUCUCAAAAGUCACUUAAUAACACUCAGUGUCGAAAAAUUGAUAUUAAUACGAUGGUAAAAUACGUUGAGACAGCAAAUUGUAGGCACCAACAGAUGGGAAUUUAUUUCAAAGAUGAACAAGCUCCAUGUGGGAAUCAUUGUGAUGUUUGUGUCAAUGUAUCACGAGUGUGUAUGAAUCUAGCAUUAUUCCGUGCUCUUGAAUUUACUACUAAAAUUGGUUACCAAAAUAAUGAUAAUAAUGAUGAUGAUAAUGACAAUAUUGGAAAUUACAAUGAUUUUAAUAAGUUUGAUGAUGAUAAUGGUGGUGAUUCGGAAAAAUUUUCACCUGAUCAACAACGUGAAGAGUAUGAUAAAUUAGAAAGACAAAAGCUAAUCACUAGUGAAUUUAAUAAACGUCGACGUAACACAGAUAAACUUAUACAGUCAUCAUGGGUUUCAGCUCCAGAUACAACUGAAGUAAUAAGUCCAGACAAUCGUAAUGUUACCGGAAUCACUGGAUGGUGUCGUGAUCAAACUCUUCAGUUACUUACCAGUGCAAUGAAAAAAUUAUUCCCAGAACAUGAAGCAUUACUAAAUAAGUUAUGUGCAGAUGCAGAGUAUGUGUUGUUUAAAGAAUCAAAAGUUGCCGCUAUGUAUCGCACACGUAUGGCAAGGUUGAUCACAUUUGUUCGUCGACCAAAUGUUACUAAAGAAUCUGUAUGGAAUGCUGUUAAAAGUAAAGCUGAUAUUCUUUUGACAAAAACAAACGAAAAAAUAAAAUCUACUGACAAUUCUAUCGAGAACGACAAUAGAAAAUCAGCACUAGCAGAAAAGGGUAUUAUCUUAUCAAAACACUUUCAUCACAAAAUAAAACGAUCAUGUUCACCCGAAACAAAUAAGUCCAAUGUUCAAUAUUCAACACCUGCUGUUGGUAAAAAAUUGAAAUUGGAGUCUGAAUUCGCAAAUUUUAAAUCGCAAUGUAAAAGUGAAACAAUUUCACCAAUAAAAAAGUCGGGUUCUGCGAUAAACAAACACGGUGUUUAUGAAAGUGAAGAUAGUGAUUUCAUGGAUUUCAGUGACGACGGUGAGGAGACAAGACAUCCUACAGACUUGAAGAAUAAGUCCAUGAAUAAAGACCAACCUUUAAACUAUUUCAGGACAAAGCAACUACAAUCUGGUAGCAAAACUGAAGGAAACGGUAAGCUAAACAAAAACGCAAAUAACCAAUGGGAUUCGACUGAAGUUGACCCCGAUAUCAAAGGAUGUAAUCGAAUCCUAGUGCAAAAUAAAGAUAGUUCUCCAGACCUUAGUGAUGAUGAUGAUGAUGACAACAAUGGAAAAGAAAUAAAACGACAUCCACAAGUAGAUCCAGUAAUGAAAGGAAACAAAGAAUUAUCAAACUACGAGGUUACCCGUGAUCAUGUACGAAUUGUAAGAUCUGAUAAGGUCAAACAUGACAUCAAUGACAGUGAUAAUAUUGACUACAAGUCGAAAUCAUACCAUACCAUACCACAAACAGGAUCUAUACCAGAACUUCUUAUUGAACCUGAGAAGCGUCUAGUUUACUUUUGGGAACAAGGUAAUAAAACUGACAGUCGCUCAAUCCCUAGAAAUACUGCUGUCAUUACCACUAAUAUCACUAAUAAUACUACUUCUGCAUCCAUCGUAUAUACUACUAAUCCGAAUGGGAUUACUACUACUAAUACUGUUUCCACAACUAUCAGUACUAUGAAUGCUCAUAUUUACGAACGUGACCUGGUCAAUCCGUUUCCGACUCAUAUUCAAGAAGAAAUUACUAAUAUCCCUGUUGACAAACAAAUUCAUCAUAAACAUAGACCGGUUAAUCCUCGUGCAAUCGUGUCAAUUCCGACAAAAACGCGGCAUACUGAGCCAAACAAGGAAAUUAAUUCUGCAUCUACUGAAAUGAAUUCAUCUACUGCUGAAUUAGCCAAACAAGUAGUAGCUUCUCUGUCACGUCAUUUUGCCAAAGGUUUAUUCAAAAACAAAGAUGCAUUCAAAUCGGUCGCCAAGAAAUUGACUCGGAAGCUGCUCACACACCAUGAAGUCGACAUAUUCACUAAAUCAAGAUUAGAUCAAUUGAUCGAUCAAUUAUUGAUACAUUUCGUGGAGACAAAAACACAAAUUCAAGUCGCAGAUGAUAUUGACUGGAGUAGAUUAGCUGGAAUAUUUUUAAGGCUACCGUGAGUAAAACGCGGUCGAUAAGAUUAAAAGGUGAUUUGAAAGAAUACCCUUCAUUUUCUUUAAAUGAAAUUAAUUCUUGUUCUUCUAUAUGCAGUAACACCUUAUAGGUCUACACAAACAAAUGCACUUGCAUAUACCUACACAAACAUAUUGUGAUAAGUACCAAUCACUUUUAGACUAACCAGAAAUUAUUUGAUUUGUUUAAAAUCUCACCCAAGCUCGCCAAUGCUAAUCCCUAGAGUUGAAUGAUUAUCUAUUUUCUUCCUGUGUGCUCUAACAAAUGCACUUGCACAUGCCUUGUAUCCCUCUCUUACUCUUUGUUCCAUCUUUCGUCCUGUGUAAGUAAUGAUUUUUGUUCAUUUUAUGCCUUACAAAAACUAUUUAUUUCACCUACCUUCGUAGUUCUUUUCUCUUCUAAAUAAGCAAACGAUCGAUCUAUGUAGAACCAUAUUUUUUUAAUACAGAGUAAUCACAUAAAGCUGAUGUGAAAGUUUCUGUACCGGACAACAUUUGUAAAAUACGAGAAAAAAAUCUGAAUACAUAUUUUUUGGAAAUGUUUUUUCCUCUAUCCACACAAGACGUUCUUUCUGCAAUAUCAAAUAUUCUAGAUAAAUGUUUCUACUUCUUACAAAGAUUAUUAUCCAUAAAUUACGUGAAUCUGAUCGAUUCUUUUAAAUAAGGCAAUUGCUAAUCAGUUUCACGUUAUACUUUCACAUAAACGUUAAUCAAUAG